GCGAACUCAGUGCCCGAUACGCAGCUCGGCCUGACGAAUGAUGAGAUUGCCUUGCUGCGCCAUCACCAGCAGGCCGCUGCGUCCACCGCUGGGGGAUCUUCUUCCCGUGCGGCCUCCCGCGCCUCCUCCCAAGGGCUCCUCCUCCUCGACGGAUCCUCCCUCGCAGCUCUCGGCCGGCACUUCGAUCGCCUGAUGCAGCAGAUACAACAGCGGCUCGACUACCUGUCAGAACAGUCACAGAUGGUAGCGCAGCAGCAGUACGACCGGGCAGGCAAUGCGAUUGCGAUCGCUGAUGCCGAGAUAGCCCGGUUCCACGAUAUAUUAAGGCAGAUCGACGAAUUGGAGGUUGAUUUUGAUCGGAUAAGGCAUAUUAGGGACAUAGUACGGGCUUACAGGCAGAGGGUGGAGGAUAUGGAGCAGGAGGUUGAG